AAGUAGACCAGUAAGAGAGAGAGCGAGGGGCUAGACUAUUAAUUAUUGAACCAAUGGAAGGGCUGGUUAUGGCUUAACUCGCAAAGUCAGGGAGAGGUGGAAAACAACCCACUGAGGGAGGACAAAAAAAACUCAUGCCACACUCACAUUGGAGCUGAGGGGACAGAGAGCAACAAGCUCAAGGACUGAAACUGGACAACUUCAAGAGAGGAAAACUGUUUAUCUAUGAAAUUGUUCUGAUUCAGGUUGUAUUGCUUUGAGCAGAGACAUUUGUAGUUGCAGGAUAGAAUUUAAAGGAAACAGAAGUGAAGAUGUUUGCGGUGCACUUGCUCUCUUUCUAUUUCUCCAAGCUGCAGGAGGACCAAAUCAAGAAGGUGAGACAUUUCUGAUCUGUGUAGUGUUGUAUUUGAUCAGAAUCUUGUUUGUUUUGGUUAUGUAUACAUAGUGUAAGAAGCCUAGUUACUGUAGAAAUACAGAUUUAGGUUAUACUGUAAUCAUGUCAGUUGUGUGUAAUGUAUGGGCAGGAUUACUUUUUUUGUUAAUUUGUAUGGGUGAUUUGAUUUAUGUAAGUUGGAAGCAAAGUAAACAAGGUUAGUUGUUUUCCCCAACAACUUGUUUGUGAAAUACAGCGCAAGGAUGGUUUACAGUUUCUAGAGAGAGAAACAUUUGGCUAAAAUAUUAGUUUGUGGAAAUUAAAUGAUAUUUGCUGGAGUUUCCAAAUAGGUCAUAGCAGUAUUUACUGCAGUCUACAGGAUCACUGUCAAUUUAUUUCAUUUAUGCCUGAACGUGAAAUGCCUUUAAGCCUGUUGAUGAGGAGGCCCCUCAUUCAGGUAUGAAAUCCUGGCUGGUGUGGUGGCUUAAUGGGGCUAUAUUUAUUUCACAAUGUUGCUUGAGGAAUGAUUAACCCUCUUGUUGCAUUACUCAUUUCCAUGGAGAGAUAGUAGGGAUUGCGAGACAAAGGGGGACCUUGUCCUCUGAAACCAUGUUCAUUGGAAAGGGAUUUGACAUCUUUACUGAUAUACAGUGCAUUCGUAAAGUUUUCAGACCCCUUCAGUUUAUCCACAUUUUGUUACGUUACAGCCUUAUUCUAAAAUUGGUUAAAAAAUAUAAAAAAUGUGUCAUCAAUCUAUACACAAUACCCCAUAAUGACAAAGCAAAAACAGGUUUUUAGAAGUUUUUGCAAAUGUAUAAAAAAUAUAAAACGGAAAUGCCUUAUUUACAUAAGUAUUCAGGCCCUUUGCUAUGAGACUCGAAAUUGAGCUCAGGUGCAUCCUGUUUCCAUUGAUCAUCCUUGUGAUAUUUCUACAACAUGGUUGGAGUCCACCUGUGGUAAAUUCAAUUGAUUGAACAUGAUUUGGAAAGGCACACACCUGUCUAUAUAAGAUUCCACAGUUGACAGUGCAUGUCAGAGCAAAAACCAAGCCAUGAGGUUGAAGGAAUUGUCCGUAGAGGUCUGAGACAGGAUUGUGUCUAGGCACAAUUCUGGAGGAAACCAGGCACCGCUCAUCACCUGGCCAAUACCAUCCCUACGGUGAACCAUGGUGGUGGCAGCAUCAUGUUGUGGGGAUGUUUUUCAGCGGCAGGGACUGGGAGACUAGUCAGGAUCGAGGGAGAGAUGAGCGGAGCAAAGUACAGAGAGAUCCUUGAUGAAAACCUGCUCCAAAGCGCUCAGGACCUCAGACUGGGGCGAAGGUUCACCUUCCAACAGGACAAUGACCCUAAGCACACAACCAAGACAACGCAGGAGUGGCUUUGGGAAAAGUCUCUGAAUGUCCUUGAGUGGCCCAGCCAGAGCCCGGACUUUAACCUGAUCGAACAUCUCUGGAGAGACCUGAAAAUAUCUGUGCAGCGACGCUCCCCAUCGAACCUGACAGAGCUUGAGAGGAUUUGCCCCAAAUACAGGUGUGCCAAGCUUGUAGUGUCAUACCAAAGAAGACUCAAGGCUGUAAUCGCUGCCAAAGGUUCUUCAACAAAGUACUGAGUAAAGGGUCUGAAUACUUAUUUAAAUGUCAUAUUUCAGUUUAUUUUAUUUUAUACAUUUGUAAAAAUUUAUAAAAACCUGUUUUUGCUUUGUCUUUAUCGAGUAUUGUUUGUAGAUUGAUGAGGGGGGAAAAAUAAUUUAAUCCAUUUUAGAAUAAGGCUGUAACGUAACAAAAUGUGGAAAAAGUGAAGGGGUCUGAAUACUUUCCGAAUGCGCUUUAUGUACGUUAACUAUGUUUUAAUUUCAAGUAGUCAGCUGUGUGGUUGUCAUCAGGGGUUGAAUCCGUAUUCAGGAUAAAAACUAUCCCCAUAAUUGAUGACUUUGGCAUGAUAUUUUUCAACCAAAAUACUGUAUUAAAUUCCUUGCCCACUGCAACAGUUAAAUCCCAUGUGUUUUAGCCUCUUUUUGAAGCUCUUUCUUCUCAUGCUCUGUAUUCAACUGUUUGUUUGGUUUUGUUUGAGGUGUGGAUACAGGAAACUAGAAGACAACAUUGUACUUUCAUAUUAUUCUGAAUCAUUCGCACUUGCAAGGCUAUUAACUAGACCCCCCCCCCCCCCCCCUCCAGGUGGACAGGUUCCUGUAUGCCAUGCGUCUCUCCGAUGACCAGUUAGUGGACAUUUCAGCUCGCUUUCGUGCGGGGAUGGAAAAAGGACUGUCUAGUGAAAGCAACGCUACAGCCACGGUCAAGAUGCUGCCCACGCAUGUCCUCUCAACCCCUGAUGGAUCAGGUGCUGACAUGUCACUUAUGACAUAUUACUUAAUGAAACUACUGCUUUUGUCUGUCUGACAUACACUGUAUACAAUGUAUUUGGAAAGUAUUCAGACCCCUUGACUUCUUCCACAUUUUGUUACGUUACAGCCUUAUUCUAAAAUUGAUUAAAUUGUUUUUUCCCCUCAUCAAUCUACACACAAUACCCCAUAAUGGCAAAGCAAAAAUAGGUUUUUAGAAAUGUUUGCAAAUGUAUUAAAACUUUAAAAACGGAAAUGUCACAUUUACAUAAGUAUUCAGACCCUUUACUCAGUACUUUGUUGAAGCACCUUUGGCAGCGAUUACAGCCUAGAGUCUUCUUGGGUAUGACGAUACAAGCUUGGCACACCUGUAUUUGGGGAGUUUCUCCCAUUCUUCUUGUCCCAGUUUGAGGUCCUGAGUGCUCUGGAGCAGGCUUUCAUCAAGGAUCUCUCUGUACUGUGCUCCGUUCAUCUUUCCUUCGAUCCUGACUAGUCUCCCAGUCCCUGCCGCUGAAAAACAUCCCCACAGCGUGAUGCUGCCACCACCAUUCUUCACCGUAGGGAUGGUGGCCAGGUUUCCUCCAGACGUGACGCUUGGCAUUCAGGCCAAAGAGUUCAAUCUUGGUUUCAUCAGACCAGAGAAUCUUGUUUCUCAUGAUCUGAGAGUCUUUUAGAUGCCUGUCGGCAAACUCCAAGCGGGUUGUCAUGUGCCUUUUACUGAGGAGUAGCUUCCGUCUGGCCACUCUACCAUAAAGGCCUGAUUGGUGGAGUGCUGCAGAGAUGGUUGUCCUUCUGGAAGAUUCUCCCAUCUCCACAGAGGAACUCUGGAGCUCUGUCAGAGUGACCAUCGGGUUCUUGGUCACCUCCCUGACCAAGGCCCUUCUCCCCCGAUUGCUCAGUUUAGCCUCAACACAAUCCUGUCUCGGAGCUCUACGGACAAUUCUUUCGACCUCAUGGCUUGGUUUUUGCUCUGACAUGCACUGUCAACUGUGGGACCUUAUAUAGACAGGUGUGUGCCUUUCCAAAUCAUGUCCAAUCAAUUGAAUUUACCACAGGUGGACUCCAAUCAUGUUGUAGAAAUAUCUCAAGGAUGAUCAAUGGAAACAGGAUGCACCUGAGUUCUAUUCCGAGUCUCUUCGCAAAGGGUCUGAAUACUUAUGUAAAUAAGGUAUUUCUGUUUUUUAUGUUUUAUACAUUUGAAAAAACAACAACUUGUUUUCGCUUUGCCAUUAUGGGGUAUUGUGUGUAGAUUGAUGAGGAUUUUUAUUUAUUUAAUCAAUUUUAGAAUAAGGCUGUAACAUAACAAAAUGUGGAAAAAGUCAAGGGGUCUGAAUACAUUCCGAAUGCACUGUAUACAAAAGUAUGUGGAAACCCCUUCAAAUUAGUGGAUUCAGCUAUUUCAGCCACACCCGUUGUUGACAGCUGUAUCAAAUCAAACACACAGCCAUGCAAUCUCCGUAAACAAACAUUGGCAGUAAAAUGGCCUUACUGAAGAGCUCAGUGACUUUCAACGUGGUACCGUCAUAGGAUGCCACCUAUCCAACAAGUCAGUUUGUCAAAUUUCUGCCCUGCUAGAGCUGCCCCGGUCAACUGUAAGUGUUGUUAUUGUGAAGUGGAAACGUCUAGGAGCAACAACAGCUCAGCCGCGAAGUGGCAGGCCACACAAGCUCACAGAACGGGACCGCCGAGUGCUGAAGCACGUAGCACGUAAAAAUCAUCUGUCCUCGGUUGCAACACUCACUACCAAGUUCCAAACGGCCUCUGGAAGCAACGUCAGCACAAUAACUGUUCGUCGGGAGCUUCAUGAAAUGGGUUUCCAUGGCCGAGCAGCCGCACACAAGCCUAAGAUCACCAUGCGCAAUGCCAAGCCUCAGCUGGAGUGGUGUAAAGCUCACCGCCAUUGGACUCUGAAGCAGUGGAAAUGUGUUCUCUGGAGUGAUGAAUCACGCUUCACCAUCUGGCCGUCCGACGGAUGAAUCUGGGUUUGGCGGAUGCCCGGAGAACGCUACCUCCCCGAAUGCAUAGUGCCAACUGUAAAGUUUGGUGGAGGAGGAAUAAUGGUCUGGGUAUUGUUUUUCAUGGUUCGGGCUAGACCCCUUCGUUCCAGUGAAAGGACAUUUUAACGCUACAGCAUACAAUGACAUUCUUGAUGAUUCUGUGCUUCCUACUUUGUGGAAACAGUUUGGGGAAGGCCCUCUCCUGUUUCAGCAUGACAAUGCCCCCGUGCACAAAGUGAAGUCCAUACAGAAAUGGUUUGUCGAGAUCGGUGUGGAAGAACUUGACUGGCCUGCACAGAGCCCUGACCUGAACCCCAUCAAACACCUUUGGGAUGAAUUAGAACGCAGACGGCGAGCCCGACCUAAUCGUCCAACAUCAGUGCCCGACCUCACUAAUACUCUUGUGGCUGAAUGGAAACAAGUCCCCGCAGAAAUGUUCCAACAUCUAGUGGAAAGGCUUUCCAGAAGAGUGGAGGCUGUUAUAGCAGCAAAGGGGGGACCAACUCCAUAUUAAUGCCCAUGAUUUUGGAGUGAGAUGAGGUGUCCACAUACUUUUGGUCAUUUAUUGUAUGUAACAACAUACUAAUCAUGUAUUUUUAUUUGCUAUUUUGAUCUUAAUACAUUCAGUUAUUAUAUGUGACAGGCGGUGUAGUGCUGUUUUAUGAACAAGAGGUCAGUCAAAGUUAAAAUUGUGUUGUCUCCACAGAGAAGGGAGAGUUCCUGGCGUUAGAUCUGGGUGGCUCCAAGUUUAAAGUGCUCCAGGUGAAGGUGUCUGAGAAUGGGAAGAGAAGGGUGGAGAUGGAGAGUGAGACGUACCCUAUCCCAGUGGAACUCCUGAACGGUAGAGGGACUGAGGUGAGUAGAAUGACAACGGAUGUUAUUACGUAGACAGACAUACUCUGAUUAAAAACAGGAAUCAUUCAAACCUGCACUGUAAAAACACGUAACUUGUUUUUAUGGUGACAUACUGACAGCCAGUUACCUGUAAGUUACUGUAAAAAAAAGUACAGUAUGUUACCGUAAAUUCCAAAUAAACUUUGGUUUAAAAGUACAUUACUGUAAAGAAAGCACUUCUUUACAGUAAAGCACUUCUUUACGGUAAUGUACUGUUAAACCAAAGUUUCCCUGGAAUGGAUGAUAACAUACUGUAACUUUUUUUAAAGUAAGGGGUACACUGUUCAGCUAAAAUAGCGUAAACAACUUUAAUCAAUAUGAUUACAUUUGACAUGAUCACUUAGUGCUGACUUUUCAAUAUGACCCCACCUGCGAUUUGAAAUCACAUCCUCUGGAUUUGGGGUAUGCUGAUCUUUCUACUGCUCCACAAAGUCUGUAGCAUUCUACAGAUUCAUUACCAAUAAUAAAUCUCUGCACUUACAAAAAGAGUACCAUCUGCACUGCUAUUUUAUUUAUCAGUUAAUCUGACUAUUCUCUCAUCAUUCAUUUAAUUUACUUAUUUUAGCAAUUUUAGGGUUUGCUGUAUAGUUGUCUCAUGUUGGUGGGGCAUAUUAUUCUGUUAUAAUGUUACUCCUGAAUCACUAUGGUAAAUAUAAUAGUUUUUCUUGAGUAUUGACACAGCCAUGGUGGUGUAGCAGGAAGAUCGUAAUGCUGUGAACUAAGAGGUUCUGAAUUCAAAUCCCAGGUGAGGUCCUGAGGACAUGCUGAAAAAUAAUUACUUUAUACAUUAACAUACACUUAAUCAUGUAUGUCAAAGUGUGUCAAAUAUGUAAGUUAAAAAGACUGAGACUGCAUGACGUUCUGGGGACAUCCUAACGAUUCCUUUUUGUUUGUAGGGCAUCACCUGUGAAAUCUCCUGAAAUAUAUCCAUGUGAGACUUCAUGUGAAAUAUCAUCACAUGUGAAGUGUUCCUAACCACAUGGUUUCACCUGAUUUAAACAUGUGAAAGGUUAUGUGGUCACAUGAAAAUCCACAAUUUUACAUGUGCAAAACGUGGACAUUUCACAUAUGAAAUCUUGUUGUUUUUCAGUAAGGGAUGGCAGAUUUUUAAACGUAGUUGAAAGCUGAGCCACACAGCUCGGAAGUCACCUUUCACUGAGAAUGGAAGCUUUUCCCUUCUGUUCUAAUCUAUUUGAAAUCUUGCCAAAUUUGCUCUCCUUGGUUUGCUUUCAACAGAUACUUUUUAACCAGAAAAGUCAGACCCCCACUUACUGAGAACUGAAUCAUCACACAUUUCAUUAGGAUCUUUGUGUCAGGACAUUUUUGGUUAGUCAACACAGCUCCAUUCUGUUCAUUUCCCAAGUACUUUGAUGACGCACAUGACAAAUCAGCUGUUUUCUUAGCUAAAUCUCUAGUUUCAGUGGAAACAAGUACACUAAAAUCUACCUGCCUGUCUUUGCACUCAGAUCUACACAUAUAAAUGUACAAUUAAAUAAUGAUUAUGGAGUUGACAGUGAAGCUGACCUUUUAGCAGUGAUGUCAUUUCAUCAAGAAGAUGCAGCAGGCAUCUGAGCUAGCACUUUCCCAAGGAUGCUGGGCAGUUCUGUGGGCAGAGUUUGAGAGAGAACUAAUAGGUCUGCAGCAUAAAGGAAGGAGGCCGAUACUGCAUGGCAAACCUAGGAAGUAAUCCAAAAGGAAUCAGAGUACUUUACUCAUUUUGAGUAAUCAGAUUACAUUACUAAUUACUUUCAUUGUCAUGCAAUCUGUAAUUAAUCUGUAAUCUGCCCAACCCUGUCUAUUUUACAGAUGUUUGACCAUGUUGCAGAGUCUCUGAAAGACUUCAUGCAAAAAAAGCACAUCAACCAGAAGAGAGAACCUUUGGGCUUCACCUUCUCUUUCCCUUGUGGACAGUCCAAAAUAGAUGAGGUAUUUAACAAUACAGCCUAGGUUAUUGAUUAGAUUUACUCUAGAAUCUUAUCUUAAUGUGAGUAUUAUCACUCCAAAAAUAUCAGACGGGCUCCAAUUGAUUAUCAAUUAAACCAGCUACCUGCAAAGCCACUUACAUAUGAUGUAACAGUAGGUGUGAACUGCAUUGAUAAAAUUGUUGACACUAUUCAGAGUGUAAUCCUUGCUUUCUUUCAACAAUCAAACCCUGUUUUAGGGAGUGCUGUUGUCAUGGUCAAAGAACUACAAGGCCAGAGGAGUCCUGGGGACCAAUGUGGUGCAAUCCUUGAGACAGGCCAUUGACAGAGUCGGGGUAUUAAGGGAGAUCUUAUUCACUACUUAUUGUCACUCAGUUACAAUUUUUCUUGCAUUUCUGUAUGUACUACAGUAUAAAAGGAAUUUGUCAAUUAAAACACCAGCCAACACUGUUUACAGGGAAUCGAUGUGGAUGUCCUAGCCCUUGUUAAUGACACAGUGGGAACCAUGAUGACCUGUGGCUAUGACGACCAGCGUUGUGAAGUGGGGGUCAUCAUAGGUCAGCCUGAUAUUAAUUUGCACGCUUCAUUCAGAAUGUUUGUAUUAUCAGCCUUUCCCUGUAGCUACCCUACAACUAGUAUUUCUCACCAUUGCUAUGUCAUCUCAGGCACAGGUACUAAUGCUUGUUACAUGGAGGAGCUGAGGCACAUUGACCUGGUGGAGGGAGACGAGGGCCGGAUGUGCAUCAACACAGAGUGGGGAGCCUUUGGGGACGAUGGGGCACUCAAUGACUUCAUUACACACUUUGACCGAGAGAUUGAUGCUGCCUCCACCAACCCAGGGAAGCAACUGUAAGCACCAAAAUCCAUAACCAACCAUAUUGGAAAUAUAUUCAUUAUUAGAUAACAUUGUAAACAUUCUGAGUAAACCCACGAUAUGGUUUCCCUUUAUUUACAAUUGAGUGAAUUGGGGCCUUACACUAGUAGGAAUGUAAAUAAAGACUGUUAACACUAGUGUGUUGCUCUGGCAGGUUUGAGAAGAUGGUUAGUGGGAUGUACAUGGGGGAGUUGGUGAGACUCAUUCUGUUAAAGAUGGCCAAGAAGGGACUACUGUUUGAUGGCAGAGUUUCCGAUGCUCUACGCACCAAAGGGACAUUUCAGACCAAACACAUCACUUUAAUUGAACAGUAAGAGCAUUUUCCAUGAGUCUUAAUGCUCACACUGUAAAUAUAUAGUAUUUCAUUUAUUUGUACAAAUUUUCACAGACAUUUAUCAGGGAAAUGUAUUUCACACUGUGAUAACUAUGUCAGAACUAUACUUCCAGGUACAAAGACGGGCUGAAGAACACCAGGGAAAUCCUCACGGAGCUUGGCCUGUCCCCCUCAGCAGACGAUUGCCUUGCCGUCCAACACGUCUCCACCAUCGUGUCCUUCAGGUCGGCUAACCUCUGCGCCGCCGCGCUGGCUGCCAUCCUCACCCGCAUCCGCGAGAACAGGAAGCUGAAGAGCCUGCGGAUCACUGUUGGGGUUGACGGGACUGUCUACAGAACACAUCCACAGUAUGUAGCCAUAAGUCACGGAAGAUUUCUGCUCAGAGUUUUCCUCUUUGCCUGUGAACACUGACAAUAAACUCUCCUCUCCUCUCCUCUCCUCUCCUCUCCUCUCCUCUCCUCUCCUCUCCUCUCCUCUCCUCUCCUCUCCUCUCCUCUCCCAGGUACCCCAAGAGGCUCCACAAGGUGGUGCGCCAGCUGGUGCCAGAGUGCCACGUGCGCUUUGUGCUGUCUGAGAGUGGUAGCAGUAAGGGGGCUGCCAUGGUAACAGCGGUGGCUCAGAGGCUGGCGGCCCAGAGGAGGGAGAUCAGCGACACUCUUGCUCUCCUCAGCCUGAGUCCAGAGAACCUCCAGCAGGUCAAGGACAAGAUGAGAGUGGAGCUAGAGAGAGGCCUUAGGAAGGAUUCCCACAGCAUGGCCUCUGUUAAAAUGCUGCCCUCCUUUGUGUACAGGACACCUGAUGGGACAGGUGAGAGAACUGGCUACAGAUUGCUAUGCACUGGAUCUAAAGGUUUACCUUGUUGUUCAUAAUGUGGAACAUUAUCAUAUUAUUACCAUGCUAAAAUCCAUUAUUACACUUGAUUCUUUAUUCUGUACCGUCACCUAAACAGUUUAUGAAAUGUUGCUAUCUAAAAUCACAUCAUUAGGUGCAAGUUGUUUCAUUUAAAGUUGUGUGAUUACAAAGUUUAUUAUUGCAGAGCGAGGAAAGUACUUGGCUUUGGACCUGGGAGGAACUAACUUCCGGGUGCUGGUGGUGAAGAUCCGGAGUGGAAUACGCAAGUCUGUUCGCAUGUACAACAAGAUCUACUCCAUCCCUCUGGAGAUCAUGCAGGGCACAGGAGAGGAGGUGAGCCCUCCACCCCCCCCCCCCCCCCCCCCCCCCCCCCCCGACUGCUAACCAGGUCCCUACCCCCUUAACCUGACAAACUCUCUGUUUCUAGCUGUUCGACCACAUUGUCCAGUGCAUCUCAGAUUUCCUGGACUACAUGGGGAUGAAGAAUACUCGUCUCCCGCUAGGUUUCACCUUUUCUUUCCCCUGCAGACAGACAGGAAUUGAUAAGGUAAAAGUACAAUCGUCGUGAUGAAGAAAUCAUCCUCAAUGCCAAAGAAUAGCAGUUAUUUCAAUGCCCUGUGUAAGUAAUUACAUUAAUACGUAUGUUACCGCUCUCCAUUGUAAUACUUCCUUCCUCAGGGAAGUUUGGUUAGCUGGACCAAAGGGUUCAAAGCCACAGACUGUGAAGGAAAUGAUGUUGUGGAAAUGCUCCGAGAGGCUAUCAAAAGACGGAAUGUGAGUGAAAUGGAACAAGACCCACUGUUCUCUGUAAUAGGUAGUCUGGAAAACAUGUACUAUUGCCCAUUAGAAAAGUGUGUGUAUAUAUAGGUAAAAAGUAAUAUUUUGUUUCCUGUAGGAAUUUGAUCUUGACAUUGUUGCCGUGGUGAAUGACACAGUGGGCACAAUGAUGACGUGUGCAUAUGAAGACCCCAAGUGUGAGAUAGGACUCAUUGCUGGUAUGUAGGGCCUAUUCUCAGCCCUGGUGGUUUUAUAUUGUACUAUAGAGUGAGAUAUGUAUGAUCUUAGUGUGAAAUGCUGCCCCCUAGGGACGGGGAGUAACGUGUGCUACAUGGAGGAGAUGAGGAACAUUGAGAUGGUGGAGGGGGACGAGGGACAGAUGUGUGUGAACACAGAGUGGGGUGGUUUUGGCGAGAAUGACUGCAUAGAGGACAUCCGGACCAGGUUUGACAGAGAAGUAGAUGAGGGGUCAUUGAACAACGGCAAACAAAGGCAAGUUGUUAACAUCCAGACCUGACUGAUCACUUCCUGCACCACUACAGGACACAUCCAGAUCUGACUGACCACUUCAUGUACCACUACAGGACACAUCCAGACCUGACUGAUCACUUCCUGUACCACUAGAAGACACAUCCAGACCUGACUUACCACUUCCUGUACCACUACAGGACACAUCCAGACCUGACUGAUCACUUCCUGUACCACUAGAAGACACAUCCAGACCCGACUGACCACUUCUUAUACCACUAGAGGACACAUCCAGACCUGACGGACCACUUCCUGUACCACUAGAGGACACCCUGCUGCCAGAUUUAGUUCAGUCUAAAUCUAAUGUGAAUUUGUUAUUCAACCGUGCUAAAGAGAUCUACAUUAUGCUUGAUUAUGCUUAUGGGUAUUUUCUGUAACUCAUAAUCGUUUAAAAAGACUUGAUAAAAAUUAUGCUUGACCAUAUUUUGGUGAAUAAGAGGUCUAGAUUAUUGGCACAGCAAUGCGGUGAAAUAUUGAAUAAUUGAAGCUGUUUUUCAUGUUGCCUAUUUCAUGUCAUAUCCUGUUGCCCUAGGUUUGAGAAGAUGACCAGCGGUAUGUACUUGGGGGAGAUAGUGAGGCAGAUUCUCAUCGACCUAACCAGGAGAGGUCUUCUGUUCCGAGGCCACAUCACAGAGCCUCUGAAGACCAGGGGCAUCUUCGAGACCAAGUUCAUGUCCCAAAUCGAGAGGUACAGAGUCGUAGAAAUGAUCAUGUAGUACAGCAACUCAGGCCUGUAAUAGUAGAUAGAUUGAACAUAAAUCCACAUAUUAUUACUAAUAUGAAUAUUUGAACACCCGAAACGUAACAAAACGUUUUGCAACGGAAACCGUUUACUCCAAACUGGAAACAUUUUGCAACAAAAACUAGAGUUUCUGUUGGACAAAGUCAGGUAGGUCCCUCCCUGUUUUGUUCUGUUUGCUUCUGUUUGGUUCCUUCGGUUCUGAGCCCCUGCCUAUCUUCCGAAAACGUUUUAAAAACCUACCUAUUCACAAAAUAUCUUCAUUAAUUCCACAGCACCCCUCACCCCUACCCUUGUGUUUCUCGCACUUGUCUUUCUUAAUUGCACUAACUUUGCUAAUAGCUACUUUGAGGAAAAAAUUACUUACUAUGACUGUGAUUUGUGGUUGUCUCUCCUAGCUAGCUACCUUAAGAUGAAUGCACUAAAUGUAAGUCGCUCUGGACUAAAAUGUAAAAUGUAGUGAUUACACCCCAGGUGUACAAGAAUAUCAAGUGUGUGACUCCUCUAUAUCUCCCCCCAGUGACCGGUUGGCGCUACUGCAGGUGAGGUCCAUCCUGCAGCAGCUGGGUCUGGACAGCACAUGUGAUGACAGUAUCAUCGUCAAGGAGGUGUGUGGUACAGUGUCUCGCAGGGCGGCUCAGCUUUGUGGAGCCGGAAUGGCCGCCAUCGUUGACAAAAUCCGAGAGAACCGUGGGCAGAACCAAAUGAACAUCACUGUGGGGGUGGACGGAACACUCUACAAGCUGCAUCCACAGUGAGUAGCCACCAGGGGCAAGGGAGAUUUAGAUUUAACAGGGUUAUAGUUAUACUUGAACAGACUGCAGAGUUUUUUUUAUGUCGUUUUAUUUUCAUAGAGAGAAGGGGAGAUAGUAAUUCUGGUCAGAUGAGAGGGCAACACAGCAAGGAAAUCAACCCUCUGCUUCUAGGGGCAACAUGUAGCCAGGAGUCAAACUAACCCCUAGUUCAGACUUUGGCACAAUUUUAAUGAGUUUUAAAGCACAACGCAUCUAACACAGUACCUCUUGAACUGUGCAGCUUUUCCAGAAUCCUCAAGGACACGGUCAAGGCUCUGGCGCCACAGUGUGACGUGGAGUUUGUCCUAUCAGAAGAUGGCAGUGGCAAAGGGGCCGCCCUCAUCACAGCUGUGGCACGUGGAGGGACAUAA